GUGUUGCUACGCUCAGUUUCUUUCUGGAAAGGAGUGAAAGGCAAGCCAUUUUAUUUCCAAACUAAAGUAAUAAAUACAAACAAUUUCUGCGCCUAAUUUCGUUUAUGAAAGUCUGCGGUGGCACCCUCGUCUUCCUCAAUUAAAACGUUCUACACCGACUGAAAGAUCACUCCUCAAUGGGAAAAGUCUAAUCAUGUUCAGUUUUGAGGGAGAUUUCAAAACAAGGCCCAAGGUGUCACUUGGGGGUGCGAGUAAAAAGGAGGAAAAAGCAUCAUUAUUGCAUCGCACACAAGAGGAACGAAGAAAGAGAGAGGAUGAAAGGAGAAGACUCAAGAAUGCAAUUAUUAUUCAGUCGUAUAUACGUGGGUACCAGGACAGAGAACAGCAAUAUGCCAUUCAGAGGGCCAAGUUUGACCUUUGUGUCAGUCAGGCGCAAUCAGGGGGUGGGCCACCUGUCCUGGAUGCCCCCAGCCUAAGCCUAAUGACAAGGCAACUCAUAUUUUUCUACAGACAGAGUGUGGACUCGCACAGAUUGAUCUGGAUGUGUCAGAAUGUAGUGAAACAAAACAGCCAGUUUGUGAAGCUGCUGGCUGGUCCUGAGAGUCAGACCUGUGUGUUUCAAAUCAAGAGGAUUCUAGGUUUCUGCUGCAGACUUCUGCAGAACUGCAAGGAUGAUAGUUGGAAUGUCACCGUUCCCAUGAGAAUGCUGGAGAUCUUUUCUUCCGAGAGAACCUAUCUGCCUGUCCUCCAAGAUGCUAACGCCGUAGCAUUGUUAAUCGAGCAGAUUUUGCACUAUAUGGUACAGAAAGGAUACUAUAGGUCGCUUUAUAUUCUAGUAAAUCACAGGCUCCCUUCUAGUCUGGAGUACAGUGAUUCUCCCUCUGUUCCUCUGGCAAGCACACUGUUAGAGCACACGCUGAAGCCUCUGCACUUUACAUAUUCCUCCUGCACAACAGGCGCAAGGCAGUUUGUGUUUGCCGCCUUCACCGAGGAGUUCAUCUCGGCCCCGUUCACUGAGCAGAUCUUUCACUUCUUCAUCCCGGCGCUGUCAGACCCGCGCCUCUGCUUCCCCUUCGAGGCCUUUCUGGGUUCCCUCCAGGCCACUGUAGUCACCUCUGCUGCCGCCCAGAGCCAGGCCCCCUGGCUCUUCUACUUUGUCCUCUCCGCAGGGGAGACCUGUUUGGGCUCCCUGUCAGAGGAGGGCCUCCACCUGUACCUGCGAGCACUACAGACCCUGCUGCCCCUUCUCCCGGUGUCAGAGAGCACCAGCAGGCCGGAGGUGGGCAGCGACUCAGAGGACGAGGACGACCGCAACCGCAAGCCCUCAUCCUCACAGGCGGACAGCAGGAUAUCGGUCCAGCUAAUCACGGAGGAGUGCGUCCACAAGCUGGACACCAAGCAGCAGACCAACGCCCUGCUCAACCUGGUGUGGCGCGACUCGGCCAGCGAGGAGGUGUUCACCAUGAUGGCCUCCAUAUGCCACACGCUGAUGGUGCAGCACCGCCUCAUGGUCCCCAAAGUCAGGCUGCUGUACAGCUUGGCCUUCAACGCCCGCUUCCUCAGGCACCUCUGGCACCUGAUCACAUCCAUGACCACCAAGAUGAUCACAGGCUCCAUGGUCCCUCUCCUGCAGGUGAUCUCGCGAGGCUCGCCCAUGUCCCUGGAGGACUCCAACCGCAUCAUCCCCCUCUUCUAUCUGUUCAGCUCCCUGUUCAGCCACGCGCUCAUCUCGGUGCACGACAGCGAGUUCUUCGGCUACCCCAUGGAAGAUCCGCCUCAUUUCCAUCCCAAGGGACAGAGCCAGUCCUCCAUGAUGCCCUUCACCCUGUUGGAGCUGGUGACCCUGUCUCGCUGCCUCCGGGACGCCUGCCUGGGCAUCAUCAAGCUGGCCUACCCGGAGACCAAGACGGAGCACCGCGAGGAGUACAUGGCGGCCUUCCGCAGCGUGGGCGUCAAGACCAACACGGCCGUGCAGCAGCGGAUCCAGGCUGAGCAGAAACGCUGGGUCCAGCUGUUCAAGGUCAUCACUAACUUGGUGAAGAUGGUGAAAGCGCGUGACAUCAGACGGCCUUUCUGUCCCUCGGGUCACUGGCUGUCAGAGGAGGUCAACAUCAGGGCAGACAAGGUCACCCAGCUGUACGUGCCCUCAGCCAGACACAUGUGGAGGACACGGAGGAUGGGACGCAUCGGCCCCCUGCAGUCCACUCUGGACGUUGGGAUGGAGCCUCCCCAGCUCUCUGUGUCUGAGGAGAGACACUUGGCCAUCCUGACAGAGCUUCCCUUCGUGGUGCCCUUUGAGGAGAGAGUAAAGAUCUUCCAGAGGUUGAUCUACGCAGACAAGCGGGACGUGCAGGGCGACGGGCCCUUCCUGGACGGCAUCAACGUGACCAUCCGACGCAACUACAUCUACGAAGACGCUUACGACAAACUGUCGCCUGAAAACGAACCGGACCUGAAGAAGCGGAUCCGAGUGCACCUGCUCAACGCCCACGGCCUGGACGAGGCGGGCAUCGACGGUGGCGGCAUCUUCAGGGAGUUCCUCAACGAGCUGCUCAAGUCGGGCUUCAACCCCAACCAGGGCUUCUUCAAGACAACCAACGACAGCCUGCUCUACCCCAGCCCUACCGCCCAGAUGCUGGUGGGAGACUCCUUCGCUAGGCACUACUACUUCCUGGGCAGGAUCCUGGGAAAGGCGCUGUACGAGAACAUGCUGGUGGAGCUGCCCUUCGCCAGCUUCUUCCUGUCCAAGCUGCUGGGGACCAGCGCCGACGUGGACAUCCACCACCUGGCCUCGCUGGACCCCGAGAUGUACCGCAACCUGCUCUUCCUCAAGAGCUACGAGGACGACGUGGAGGACCUGGGCCUCAACUUCACCGUGGUCAACAACGACCUCGGGGAAGCUCAGGUGGUGGAGCUGAAGCCGGGGGGGAAGGAUAUCCCGGUGUCCACAGCCAACAGGAUAGCUUACAUCCAUCUGGUGGCCGACUACCGCCUCAACAAACAGAUCCGGCCUCACUGCAUGGCCUUCCGUCAGGGCCUCGCCAAUGUGGUCAACCUGGAGUGGCUGCGCAUGUUCGACCAGCAGGAGAUCCAGGUGCUGAUAUCUGGAGCUCGUGUGCCAAUAUGCCUUGAUGACCUGAAGAAGUUCACCAACUACUCAGGCGGCUACACUGCCACUCACCCAGUCAUCCAGACCUUCUGGGAGGUGGUGGAGAGCUUCACAGACGAGGAGAAACGCAAGCUGCUCAAGUUUGUCACCAGUUGCUCCAGGCCUCCGCUACUGGGUUUCAAGGAGCUGUACCCGGCCUUCUGCAUCCACAACGGGGGCAACGACCUGGAGCGCCUGCCUACCGCCAGCACCUGCAUGAACCUGCUCAAACUGCCCGAGUUCUGCGACCAACACCUGAUGAGGAACAAGCUUCUUUACGCCAUCGAGUCCUCGGCGGGCUUCGAACUCAGUUGAGGGGGGAAGGGGGGGGGUGGUUUUGGCGGGGACGUCCAUCUCUGUCCCCACAACCACAGACUCAUGAGAUGAAGUGGAACACAGACAAACAGACUGCCUGCCUGACUCGCGAGAGAGAGAGACAGAGAGCGAGAGAGAGAGCGAGAGAGAGAGCGAGAGAGAGAGCGAGAGAGAGAGCGAGAGAGAGAGCGAGAGAGAGAGCGAGAGAGAGAGCGAGAGAGAGAGCGAGAGAGAGAUGGUAUGGGAUUCACCGAUGCACUGAUGCAUGUACGAUGCGCCCCGUUUUCCUAGACACUGGGAGAGAGGGGUGACGAUCACACAGAGACUGAGAAAGAUAGUUAAGAAUAAAGGCGGGGGGGAAAUGUUUUUAUUCAUAAGGUUUUUAACGUGUAUCCAGAACCAACAAAACUCAGACGUCGAUCAAACGUCUCAUGAACCUAGAAGGUUUUUCUUUUUUCUUUUUUUGUAAGUCCGAAAGAAAAAAAUAUCUUGUGUUGCAGUUGAUCACUGCAAUACAGUUUACCCUCUAGAGUAGCAUUUUUUUUGUAAUAAACCCUUCAAUAGCAACAACAGUCUAUUCACCAAAGAUGAGCGGUGAUCGAAGGAGAGGAAGAGGGGGAGUAAGUGGCAAUAAGAGGGUAGAGGGGGGUGGUAAGGAGACAUCAGACUGUAGCACUCUAGAAACCUCUAUCCAUCCUUGUACCCUAAGUCCUAAGGCUCCUUUCUAGUAUGCACUCGUCCAAUCGCCUACACUGAUAUCAAGAGGAAAUGUAUGGUUAUACUAAUGCUAUGCUUUUUUUUAUAAAUUGGGGGAGGUGGAGACUUGAUUGUGAACGAGUGCACGCCACAGAGGAGGAUUGAGACUGUCGGAGAAUUGUGUCUCAAGGGCUCCAGAAAGGUCGGCUUGUUGAAUAGUACCAUGUAUUUUCAGGUAGAAAUCAUCAAAACUCACUAUUUCCCCCCCCCCGUGAUUUUCCGUAAUGAUUAUUAACUUGUAAUAAUUGUCAAGUCUGAUAACCACAGCAGAAACAUGUAAAGGCUUUUGGAUGUCUACAUGUGUGGGUUGCUCAAGGCAAAGGCUGGUUGCGUUUUGGAUUGUACUGUCUAUUAGAUGAUUAUGGCAUUGUGAAUAUGUAUAUGUUUACACCUACUCUUUUAUGAUUCAUCUAUUCAGUAUUUGUACAGGUUGCUUUUUUCCUCUGUUCUUUGAUCCUGUUCUUGGAGUGAAGGCCCUGUGUUAAUACACACUAGCUGAAGUGAACCAUCUCCAGUUACACGCACCCUGCUGUGGAAGACCUAUGGUGCAGCAACUGCUUAUAACUGUAGCCUACCAACUGAGUGAUACAAAAAAAACACUGUCUGAAUAUCAUUAAAUCCUCCUUUUUUUGCAUUUA